AUAAAACGAUACCUUCAUAUUGCAAAAAUUGAAACAAAAACGUCACAAUUACCAUGGUAUUCAAAAAUUGAACCCUUAGCUACACAUAUUCAAAAAGUUUAUCACUUAAUAUCUCAACUUCCAAAAAGUAAAGCAUUUGAUAUUUAUAUGGAUAACUUUUUUACAAGUAUUAAUCUAUUUAGUUAUAUGAGAAAAAAUGGAUAUGGCGGUUGUGGAACAGUAAGAACUAAUACUUCAAAAUUUCCUACUUGUUUAAAACUAAAAAAAUCUCAAAAAUUAGAAUGGGAUACUCUUUCUGGAGUAGUUGUGGACGAUGUUUUGGCUGUAUUUUGGAUGGACAAUGGCCCAGUGACAAUGUUAACAACUAUACAUGAAGUUUUAGGUGAGGA